GAGUGAGAGAGAGAGAGUUAUGUCCCUUCCUCGACAACAGCGCGUCAUUUUUAGCUCUGGAGCGGGUUGGAUGUCUGGAGUUGAGUUCAGCGCGGACCUCAGCCGGAGCCGGUGUCUGUGUGCGCGUUUCCCCGUUUAGUUUCUUACCGGCCGGAGAGGAGAGACUGUCAGAGAGCGGGUGGAGGUGGUGAAGGUGUGUGCGGAAGGUGUGGAGGAGAUGGUUUCUUCGGCAGGAUGGACCGGAGGAAAGUCGUGCCCGGGUUCGUCCCCUGUUGCCUGUUACUGGUCCUGUGCGUCUCUGCUGAGGUCUCUGAAGGUGGACACUUGAAUGCUGUGCAGAGUGAAGCUACACUGUCCUGUUCAGAAGGCUUUGAAGAACUGGGAUACUACAAUGGCUCAGUUUCCCACACGGACUCAGGCUCCCCCUGUCUGAAGUGGACAGACUUCCCAGACUACAUGCGGCAGUACCCGGGCCGAGGCCUUGGAGACCACAACUUAUGCCGAAACCCGGACCAGGAGGCCAACCCCUGGUGCUUCUUCAGGCAGAGCUCCGGUGCCAUCGGCUGGGCCUACUGCGACUGCCAUCAGGGUGCAGCCAGGUUGGUGGGGGGGUCAUCAGGCAUCAGCGGGCGUCUGGAGGUCUACCUGAAUGGCCAGUGGGGGGCAGUAUGUGACACACACUGGACUGACCGAGAUGCCAGUGUCAUAUGCAGACAGCUGGGACUGGGUGAGAUUGGUACAGCCCUGCAGCAAUCCUACUUUGGCCCAGGAUCCGUCUUCCACUAUGAGCGUCUGGGUUGCCGUGGUAAUGAGAAAUCCCUACUGGAGUGCCGGAGCCGGAAGUUUGUCACCGGUGACUGUAACCAUGGCAAUGAAGCAGGAGUGAUUUGUGCUGAACCUGAAGGCACUGGCAUCCCUCUGAGGCUGGUGGGAGGUCUGGAGGACUUUGAGGGCCGUGUGGAGGUGUACCGUGAUGGCAGGUGGGGAACCAUUUGCGAGGACCAGUGGGAUGACACCGAUGCCGAGGUGGUGUGCAGACAGCUAGGCCUCGGGGGCGUGGCCAAAGCAUGGACAUGGGCCCACAUUGGUCAGGGUGUUGGUCCCAUCUUACUGGAUGGGGUCCAGUGUACAGGUAAUGAGCUCUCACUGGAGGAGUGUCCUCACAACAACUGGGAGCAACACAACUGUGACCACGUGGGAGAGGCGGGCGUGUCCUGCAACCCACACACAGACGGUGCAGUGCGCCUGGUGGGAGCAGACAGUCACUGGGAGGGCCGUGUGGAGAUUUACCACCACGGAGAAUGGGGCACAGUGUGUGACGACAACUGGACCGAGCUCAACGCCCAGGUAGUGUGCAGACAGUUGGGCUUCAGGGGCCGGGCGGAGGUGGCUCCUGACGGGGUGUAUGAAGAGGGUCGAGGGACGAUCCUGCUGGACGAGGUGCGGUGUCAGGGAACAGAGGCCGGUUUACUGGAGUGCAGCCACUCCGGGUGGAGCGAGCACGACUGCUCCCACAGUGAGGACGUAGGUGUCCGCUGUGAAAGAGGAGGCGAUGCCGAUCAGAUACCGGGCCUGCUGCCUCCUGCUGGUCCUCUGGUGCGGCUGGUUGCUGGAGAGAGCAGGAAGGAGGGGAGGGUGGAGGUCUUCAUUAACAGCCAGUGGGGAAGCGUGUGUGAUGACGGCUGGAACGACGUCAAUGCAGCCGUAGUUUGUAAACAGCUGGGCUUCACCGGCACGGCUAAGGCCCGAUCCAUGGCAUACUUUGGUGAGGGCCAGGGUCCCAUCCAUCUGGAUAACGUCCGAUGCUCCGGCGCAGAGACGGCGUUAGGCCAGUGCACGGCUGUGGGUCAAGACGGACUUGACUGUCACCACAAUGAGGAUGCAGGCGUCAUCUGUGAUUACACCCUGGAUCCUGUGAGAGACAGUGCCAUGGCCCUGCAGACCUGUGGCCUGAGACUCAAUAACCAGCGUCGUCGACGCAGGAUCAUAGGAGGAGAUAAGUCACUGAGGGGUGAGUGGCCCUGGCAGGUGUCUCUGUGGCUCAGGUCUCAUUCUAAAGGAAACCAUCCUCUGUGUGGAGCCUCACUCAUCAACCCCUGCUGGGUGGUGACCGCCGCACACUGCUUCAAGAGAUUCGGCAGAGACCCGACCCGCUACGUGUUGCGCCUGGGUGACUACCACACUGAGGAACAGGAUGACUUUGAACGCACCUUGUCCCCCGAACGCAUCGUCGUCCACAGAAAGUAUCACAGUCAGGGCUGGGAGUAUGACAUUGCCCUGCUGAGGCUCAAAGGUACAGAGGGUAACUGUGUAGCAUUCAACCCUCACACCGGUGCAGUGUGUCUGCCGGAGCCAGGGAACAAGUGGGAGAAGAGGCCUGCUGCCUGUGUGAUCACUGGCUGGGGCAUCACAGAAUCGGACUACUCCCGGACCCUGCUCCAGGCGUGGGUCCCCCUGCUUCCAGCCUGGAGGUGUAAGAAGCGAUACGGUGACCGCUUCACCAGCCGCAUGCUGUGUGCCGGGAGCCUGUCGGAGCGCCACCGUGUGGACAGUUGCCAGGGCGACAGUGGGGGUCCGCUGGUUUGCCAGGGGGAGGGGGGCCGCUGGGUGCUGACAGGAGUCAUCUCCUGGGGUCACGGCUGUGGUAAUCCCUCCUUCCCUGGGGUGUACACUCGUGUGAGCAGGUUCCUGCGAUGGAUUGACAAAGUCGUCAACAAACCCUACAAGAACUAAUGAUGCAGAACGAUAUUGAUAUCCAGAGUCGUUAAGAGGUGUCAGGGUUUGUAGCAGCAGGUGUGUGCUGGUGAGAAUUAGGCCUCCUUGACUUCUACACUGAGCUCUUCAGAUCAUUUGUCUCUUUUCCCAAAUCACUUCAAAAAGCAUGUAAAUGACACUGUACAGUACUCUCACAGUGUGAAUUCAUCACCAUACAGUCGGGGACACCUGUGCUGUGUCAUGUGACCAUGAUCAGAGCCAGUGAGGAGCACACAGCGAGUGGUAAAACAUACAUCUCCUCAAGCUGCUAUAUGUGCCUGUUUCCUGCACCUCUUCAUUUAACCAGUCCAUUCCUCACUCGCUACAGGGUUUCAAAACUGACCAAUCAGAUUGUACCGCUUCACAAUACCAGCCUUCCAGUGGUUUGCCUGUGGAAAGCUGUUAAUGUGGAGGAGCAGCAGCUUGAAGGUACAGCUUGUUACUUUAUGUGGUUUGGCCAUGCUCCCGAGCAGCAGUCCCUACUGUGAGGCCACAUGGAAAUGCAUAUGUUCAAGGUUGCACAGUACAGGUCUUUGGGUCCUGAUCCAAAGUGGACCACGAGAAAAAACCUGCCUGAGCCCAACGUGCAUAAAUCCAUUUUGAUUAUCAAAAUGGAUUUAUGCACUUUUCUCUAUACAGAGUAGUGCCAAUCCAACAGACUGGAUUAGAGAAACCUGUGGCAAUAGAAUCUGGCUACUAGGAGUCAAAUGGACCCACCGAGACCUCUGCUGGGUACAUAUGACACAGUUCAAUAGUGAGUCAUGUAAAACGUUGAAUGACAUUGCACUAAAAUGCAUGCCUUACAAUCACAUUGUCACCUGUGAAUGAGAACUUGAUUGACAGUGAUGGGUAAAAACAAAAGCCUUUGGAGAAUGAUGUGUGUAGAAGAGUAGAGUACUGAAUUAACAGUCCAUGUGUGCAUCUCUGAACAUGCACCACAGGUCAAACCAUUGUUCAUCGCUGUUAUUCUAACCGUUAAUGACAUCAUUGAUGCCAGAUGUCUGCUAAAAUGAACUACUACACUAAUUACAGCUCUGUAAAAUAACAUUUAGUGUCAACUACAAUACAUGAAAAAGUGUUAAAAGUGCAAGUCCAUUAAUAGGCUGUCUACAUGUGGCUUAUAACCAAAGAUUGAAUUACCGAUCAGGCUAUUGUCCUGGGGCCCUAGACCUCAGGGGCCUGCAAAAGCCUCAAGUUCACUGUUUCUGGUCAUUUGUUUAACUGUAACUCUCAGCUGAUCACUGAUGGUGAGGGCCUGAAGGUGGGUCCUGCUUUAUUAUUGAUCGUGUGUGCAGAUAUUGUGCUUACAUGCUGGAUAAUCCUAAAUGAAUUUGUAUUUAUGUUUGGACUUCUGUACACGAUGCACAGACAAUGGGGAAGAACAUCAAGUUAAUUUGAUUUGAAUUUACGUAAUUCAGUAAAUAUUUGUGCACCAGAAACAGAUAAUCGCAUGUUGUCACAGGAAGUAUUCCCUUAUAUACUUGUACAUAUUUCUCAUCCGCAUUACAACUGUUAUGUGUUGCCACACUGUGUGUGUGCAGCUGUAGUGUUUACAACAAGGUAUAUUUUAUUUCUGUUUCUGUUCUGCAUUGGCCAAUGCAAUUUUUUUUUAUCAUUUUAAUUUAUUUAGAAAAAAAAACAUCAAUGUUGACUUUGUUAAAGUGUACUUAUUUAAAUUGUGUUAAUGGUCACAUUCCACUAUGAGACGAGAGAAAUAACAACAUUGCUGUAGGUAACUAUGCUGCUGGGACAUUUAAUAUACGGUAUGUGUCUUAGCCACAGGACUCAUUAUAGAGCCUAGCUUGAUUGUCUCUAUUCUUACUUGAAGCCCUUUUGUUCUUUUUGCAGAAACUGUUCAUUAAAUGUCUCAAAACCA